GCCGACAGGAGGAGGGGUCACUUUCGAUUGCCGCCGCCCAGCAUGACCGUGACCGACUUGAUUCUGCUCGCGCAAGUGACCGAGGCGGACGUGACCAGGGAGCUGUCGGCCCGCUACCAAGCGAACGACAUCUACACGUACAUCGGUCCCGUCCUGAUCGCGGUCAACCCGUACAAGCUGAUCAAGCGGAACGGCAGGUCCAUCUACGACGAGUCGGUGAUCGAAGACUUUUCCGGCCGCGAAAUACACGAGAACGACCCGCAUCCGUUUGCGAUUGCCGAGAGCGCGUACUCGCACAUGAUCAACUUUAAGGCGAACCAGUGCAUCUUGAUCACGGGCGAGUCGGGCAGUGGCAAGACCGAAACGUCCAAGCACGUCCUCCAGUACAUCGCCAACAUCAGUACCAAGGCGCGGACGCGCUUGGCGGUCAACCAGUCGCGGCAACUCACGGACGACAAAAAGCACGCGAUCGAUGAAGUCGUCAACAACGUCCGCCGCAUCCUGAUUCGAGCCAACCCGGUGCUGGAAGCGUUCGGGAACGCGCAGACGAUCCGAAACAACAACUCGUCCCGGUUUGGCAAGUACAUGCUGCUCCAGCUCAACCCGAGCGGCCAAGUCGUCGGCGGGUUUGUCCACAACUACCUGCUCGAGAAAAACCGCGUGAUCACGCAAGCGGUCGGCGAGCGCAACUUUCAUUGCUUUUACCACCUCCUCGCCGGCGCGUCCAAAGCGGACAAGGCCGAGUGGCACCUCGAGGACGCGACCAAGUACGCGUUCCUCCAGCAUGAAAACCGCACGAUCGACGGCGUGAACGAUCGCACCGAGUUUGCCGACCUCGCGCACCACAUGACCGCCGUCGGCAUCACGGACGUCGAGCAGCGCGACAUUUACCAGCAGCUCGCGGCCAUCUUGCACCUCGGCAACGUCGUAUUUGUGCCGCAAGUAGACGCGAGCCACAACCCGUGCUGUGUCAUCCACGUACGUCCUACGCAAUGUCGUGUGUGGUGGUUGUGUGGGAAUGGGUGUGUGAAUGCAAGGGCUGGCACCGAUCCCAAAGGCGCGCCAGCGCCAUGCGACUGGCGCGUGGCAUACAUUGGCCUGGAAUGCACGCUCCGCCACUUCUCUGCGAGCGGGUCGUGCUGCACCGCGAGCGUCGGCCACCGUUCGACCUUGGAUCCUUCUCUUCCCUCGACGAUAUUCCCUCCGAGAAGGAUGGGUUGCCGUGAAAUUCAGUCACGAUAGGCAUGUGUGUGUUGUAUAGCCCGAGACGAAGCAAGCGCUGCAACUUGGCGCCAAGCUGAUGGGGGUAUCGGCCGACAGCUUGGAGGACAUGUUUACGUUCAAGUCGCUCACGAUCAACCGGUCCGAGAUGCGGGUCCCGCUGACGGCGGCUCAAGGCGAGAAAGUUCUCCACAGUGUCGUGCGAUGCGUGUACGACAACAUCUUUACGUGGCUCGUCGAAAAGGUCAACAGAGGCAUCCACAAUCCGCGCCGGGCGUCCCAAACGAUCGGGAUCUUGGACAUCUACGGGUUUGAGAUUUUCCAGGAAAACGUGUUUGAGCAACUGUGCAUCAACUACGUCAACGAAAAGCUCCAGCAGCUCUUCAUCUCGCAGACGCUGCAGAGCGAGCAGCUCGAGUACAAGCGCGAGGGCAUUGCGUGGGUCAACAUUGAGUUUUUCAACAACCAGGUCGUGUGCGACUUGAUCGAAGAUGCCAAGAUGCCCGGGAUCCUGCCGCUCCUGGACGAACAAUGCGCGAUUUCGCAAACGUCGGUGGACGUCCUCAUGCACCGAUUCAACGAAACAUUCGCCAAACAGCCGCACUACAUCAAGUCCCGCGUCAAGGGCAGCGUGUUUAGCGUGCGCCAUUACGCUGGCGUCGUCGAGUACGACUUGACUCGGUUUGCCGAGGCCAACAUUGACUCGUUCUUCACCGAGUUGUACACGGAGCUCCAAAAGUCGACGAGCAGCUUUGUUCGCAACCUCCUUCGCGACGAUCGGUCCAAGAAAGAAAAGCUCAAGCGGCCGCCAUCCACGUCGUUCCAGUUCCGCGCGCAAGUCAAUGCGCUUGUCCAGGACCUCAACAUGUGCAACCCCCACUACGUCCGGUGCAUCAAGCCCAACGAGAAGAAAAUGUCGGGCACGAUAAACAAGGAGCUUGUGUCGGCACAAGUCCACUGCCUUGGCCUUGUUGAAAACAUCCGCGUCCGUCGAGCCGGGUUUUGCUACCGCGAAACGUACGCCACGUUUCUUCACCGGUACAAAAUACUGUCGCGCACGUCGUGGCCGGCCCCCAAGAACUGCUCCACGCGCCAAGCCACGUUGGAGUUGCUGACCGCGGACGACGUCGGCGUCCUCCCCAGCCUGCAGCCCGUGUCUGUCCAGCGGGAAGCGGAAGCGAGUGGCGGCAAGCGCCCCAUGACGCCCCUCGAAGUGUACCGCGCGCACUUGGCCGCCAAGAACAACAAACCGAUCGACGGAAAGGAGACGCAACAAACCAUUAUCCCGUUCAAGGAAGACAUCGAGUCGCUCGGGUGUUUUUCACUCGGCCGAAACAAAGUCUUUAUCAAGCACCCCGCCGCCCUUUUUUCGCUCGAGCGGCUGCGUCAAGACAAGCUGCCGCAGAUCGCGAAAAUCAUCGAAGCUGCAUGGAUUCGUCGACUGCUCCGCGCCCGGUUGGCAAAAUACGCCGUCGUGUACGCCGACUUGAACAAGCGGUACACGGCAGUCGUUGAUAACUUGCAGGAUCGUUUGAAGCGCCGCCAAGGCGCCGCGGACAAAGCCAAAGUCGCGGCCUUGUACGCGCACUGGAACGACCUGGCGUCCAAGUUGCUCUUGCCGACGUCGCGCCUGCACGCGCGCCUCGCACGGGACGAAGUAUACAACGCGGCGAGUUUCCUGACCAGCCACAUCAAGCGCAACCUGGCCGUGCGCAAACUCGAGCGUCUCAAGAAAGCCGUCCAGGUGUUCAGUUCUCGGUGGAAGGGCCGCCAAACGCGGCGCCGCAUGUCGCCGGACCUCGCGCAAAAGUGCUAUCGCGCCAUGCUCGGCAUCCGCACCGAGUUUGAACGGUUGUUUGGAAAGAAGAAGCGCCGCCGCGACACGUUGGAUCGGGUCUACUUGGGCGAUUACUUGGACCUGAACAAGCACGCACCGAUCCAGGCGCUGCUGACAGCAACCAAGGAGCGCCAGGUCCUGUUCGCCGGAGUCACGCUCAAGGUCAACGAAAAGUUUGUCGCGCAGUCGCGGCUCCUCCUCAUCGGGGAAACGGCCCUCCACAACGUCAAGGCGGACAAGAUGGACAAACCCAAAGAACGCCGCGUCGUCCCGAUCACACAGCUCACGAAAAUCUCGAUGAGCUCGCUCCAUGACAAUUACUUGUUCAUCCACGUCGACAACGACGUCGACCUCAUGUACGAAGUUGACCAGAAGACCGAGAUCGUCCUCGUGCUCAAGAAGCGGUACAAGGAACUGCGCAAGCGCGACCUUCCCAUCACGAUCUCGGACACGAUCGAGUUUGAGGCGAAGAAAGGCACGCGGUUGGCGUUCCGAUUUGUAAAGAACCCUCAAACGACCGUCACCACCAUGGAAAAGGUGGACAAGAAGAACGGGCAAGUCAACGUCGGCACCAAGGUCGCGCGCCACUAAGUGCUUCAAGGCGUUGUUGUGCAUCCGUAGCUACAGUCGCAAACGUUGCCACGCACGCCUUGUGACGGCGGCGCUCGCGACUGGUUUAUGUGUUGGCCCGCUAUUGCCACCACAUGAAAUGCAUCGAUGUUUGUGUACCUUGGCGCGGAAGGCGUCUCGUUGAUGGAAAUCUUGAUCGCACACCAUGCCGAUUCAUAAAGUUCUCGUGAAUGAAGCCGUCCCCGAGAUGCUGCAUCCGCCUAGUAUAGCAAGGACCGCCUCGAGCCGUCGCCGACCAGAAUCCCG